GCAACACCUUACUCACCAAGUAAUAAGCAAGAAACUCCAUAGCAAAAAAGAAAAUUCACGUUAUAUUGUUAGUUUAUUCGUCAUUUCUUUCUUUGAGUAGUAAUGGCAAGCCUCAAGGUUGCAUUUGUGGUUGCUGUGCUAUACAUGGUUGUGGUGAGUGCACACAUGGCACAUGCUAGGAUCAACUGCGGCCGUGUCGCGGUCGCGGUGUCUCCGUGCCUUGGCUACCUUCGUCGCGGUGGAAGGCCACAGGCGAGGUGCUGCAACGGAGUGAGAAACCUCCACGCCCUGGCCAAGACCACCGUGGACCGCCGGACGGCGUGCAAUUGCCUGAAAACCUUUGCCAGAGGUCUUGGUAGGGGUGUCAAUGCCAACAACGCAGUUGCACUUCCAAGAAAAUGUAGAGUCAACAUCCCCUACAAGAUCAGCAUCUCCACCAAUUGCAACACGAUCAGGUAAGGAUGGAUCUGGUAUAAGGAAGAAACAACAGGGCAAUUUUUCAGUCACAGGGCACUAUAUAUACGAUAAUAAUAGUGCUGCUGAAUUAACUAAUGAAAAAUAAUGGGAGGGCGAUGAGGGCUCUACUUGUGCGAGUCUCUUCUUGGUCUCGGUGUGUCCCUUAGUUGUUUCGGGCUUUGGUCCAGUAAUUAUGUUAUUAUUGUAAGUACGUGUUGGCUGAAAUUUCUCUCAUUUGGUUGUUGCAUGUAAUAAUGGCAUAUAUAUUGUGCUGUAAUUCCUUGCUACUUGCUACUUUACAUAUGAAAAACAAUUGCACUUGUGUUAAUGGUUUUUCUUACCUUAAUUCCAAA